AUGUCUAUCUUUUCUGUCUAUCUCUCAUUUUUCUUCUUUUUUACAUUUUCUCACUUCUUUCAUCAGUCUUGUUUUUCUUUUCUGUCUCUGAUAUUUCUCUCUUUUUCCCAGAAACACAAUUUUUUUUUUUACUUUUUCUUUCCUUCCAUCUUUUCUCUUCUUUUAUACACUUAUAAUCUCCAUCUUCUCUUCUGCAUCAUUUUAUUUUUUGUCAUACAUUUUAUUAUUUUUCUUUCUUUCUUUUUCUUUGCUUUUUUGUUUUCCUUAUCCAAAUACACUCCCUCACUUUCUUCACAUUUCUUUCUAACUCUUUCUCACUUUUCUCUUACUUUUUUCUCUCUUAUACAUUUCUGUACUUUUCAAUUUUUCUUUGAUUUGUCCCUUUAUUUCUCUCUUAAUCUUUCUCUCUUUCUCUUGAGUCUUUCCUCUUCUGUGCCCACCUCCUUCUCUCCAUUUCUUCCUCACAUUUUUCCCUUGCUUUCUUCUCUCGUAUAUAUUUAUAUUCAUUUCAGUCUCUCAUGUAAUUUCCACUUUAUUAAUCCUUCUCUGACACUUUCUCUUAUAUCUUUCCUCUUUCCUACCCACCCCCUCUCUAUAUAUUUCUUCCUCACUUUUUCUCAUAUAUUUACAUUCAUUUCAGUUUCACAUGUAUUUUUCACUUUAUUUCUUCUAUUAUUCUUUCUCUAUCACUCCAUCUUUUGCCAUUUUAUCAGAUCAAUAUUUUUCUGGACAUGUUGUGCAUUUUUAUUGAAUUCUUCGACUUUUUGGGACUAG